GGGGCACUCAAAGGGGACUCCACCAAAGGGAGGCAAGACAAAGCCUGCCAUUACCACCGUGGCUUUCUGGAACUUGAAUCUACCUAGGGCCCGAGGGAGCCCAUUAUGAAAACACCCGUUUCCAUAUAUCCCCAACUAACACGCUAAGCAAUUUGUACUCUGCUGAGGAAGGCUGAUGAGGAACUGAAAAAAUUUUGACAUUGAGAAGACAGUCACAUGAUUUGGGUGGUUUUCUAGAAGAUGACCAUAGAGGACCUCCCGGAUAUUCCAGUGGAAGGAAGCUCUCUGAUUGGAAGAUACCCAUUUUUAUUCACAGGCUCAGAUACAUCUGUUAUCUUCUCCAUUUCUGCAGCACCGAUGCCUUCGGACUGUGGGUUUUCUUUCUUUGACCCUAAUGAUGCAUCGUGCCAGGAAAUUCUCUUCGACCCCAAAACUUCAGUCUCAGAAUUAUUUGCUAUCUUAAGACAGUGGGUUCCUCAGGUCCAGCAGAACAUAGACAUUAUUGGAAAUGAGAUUCUUAAGAGAGGCUGCAAUGUGAACGAUAGAGAUGGACUGACGGACAUGACUCUGUUACAUUACACUUGCAAGUCUGGGGCUCAUGGCAUUGGCGAUAUUGAGACAGCUGUAAAAUUUGCAGCUCAACUUAUAGACCUGGGAGCAGACGCGAGUUUGCGGAGUCGCUGGACGAACAUGAACGCGUUGCAUUACGCUUCGUACUUUGAUGUCCCAGAGCUUAUCAGGGUGAUUUUGAAGACAUCGAAACCAAAAGAUGUGGAUGCCACUUGCAGCGACUUUAAUUUUGGGACAGCCCUGCACAUUGCAGCACAUAACUUGUGUGCAGGAGCCGUGAAAACCUUGCUGGAGCUGGGAGCGAACCCUGCCUUUAGGAAUGACAAAGGGCAGAUCCCUGCAGAAGUUGUUCCAGACCCAGUGGACAUGCCUCUGGAGAUGGCCGAUGCUGCAGCGAUCGCGAAGGAAAUCAAACAGAUGCUCUUGGAUGCGGUGCCUCUGCCCUGUACCAGCGCUAAGGCCGUGCUUCCAAACUCUGAUCACAUCACCAGCAGGGCCAUGCUGACAUCUCUCGGCCUGAAGUUGGGGGACCGUGUUGUCAUCGCAGGGCAGAAGGUUGGAACAUUAAGAUUUUGUGGAACAACGGAGUUUGCAAGCGGGCAGUGGGCUGGCAUUGAGCUGGAUGAGCCAGAAGGGAAGAACAACGGCAGUGUUGGGAGAGUCCAGUACUUCAAGUGUGCCCCCAAAUACGGUAUUUUUGCGCCCCUUUCAAAGAUAAGUAAAUUAAAAGACGGGAGGAAGACCACCACACACACUCCUUCCACGAGAGCCACCCCACACGCCCGAUCCCAGAAGGUCGAUGUAGCCCACAUCACAUCCAGAGUCAAUUCCGGGCUGACGACAUCUAAAAAAGAGACUGCUUCUGAAUCCACACUGGCAUUGCCUCCCAGUGAAGACCCGAAAACUGUAGCGGAAAAUGACGCUGCCCAGCCUGGGUCCACGAGCAGUUCCUCCUCUACAUCCUCCCUGGAGCACAAGCAGAGCUACCCGAAGAAGCUGACCACAAGCAGCGGUGGCAAGAAGACCCUGAGCAAAAGCCCCUCUCUCCCGUCCAGAGCCAGUGCUGGUUUGAAAUCUUCAGCCACAUCUGCAGCAAAUAACAGUCACCGUGAAGGAGCGCUCCACCUCGGAGAAAGGGUGCUGGUCGUAGGCCAGCGAGUAGGCACCAUUAAGUUCUUUGGAACAACAAACUUUGCUCCAGGGUAUUGGUACGGCAUAGAGCUGGAGAAGCCCCACGGGAAGAAUGACGGUUCAGUUGGAGGUGUACAGUAUUUUAGUUGCUCUCCGAGAUAUGGAAUAUUUGCGCCCCCGUCCAGGGUACAGAGGCUAUCAGAUUCCCUGGAUACGCUUUCAGAAAUAUCUUCAAAUAAACAGAAUCAUUCUUAUCCUGGUUUUAGGAGAAGUUUCAGCACCACCUCUGCUUCUUCUCAAAAAGAGAUUAACAGGAGAAAUGCUUUUGCCAAGACCAAGACCACCUUGCGCCGCAGCUGGAGCAGUUCCACCACGGCAGGUGGUCUGGAGGGGACCGUGAAGCUCCACGAGGGGUCUCAGGUCCUGCUCACAAGCUCUAACGAAAUGGCCACGGUUAGGUACGUGGGUCCCACGGACUUUGCCUCAGGCAUCUGGCUUGGACUGGAGCUCCGAAGUGCCAAGGGGAAAAAUGACGGUGCCGUGGGUGACAAGCGCUAUUUCACCUGUAAGCCGAACUACGGAGUGCUGGUUAGACCAAGCCGAGUGACCUACCGCGGGAUUAGUGGGUCAAAGCUCAUCGAUGAGAAUUGUUGAGUUAACCGCCUGAAGCACUGAGCUUCUCUGAAUAUAUAUAUAUGUGCUAGAUGAAAAAUAAGGUCUAUGACAAAGGGUUUACUUUACUUAGUUAUUAUGUGACAGCUGAAAAUAGAGCGACCUUCAUAAAAAUAUCCAAAGGAACACAGGUAUGAACUUUGAGGGUCAUGGUUCUUUUGAAAGUAAUCAGAAUGAGCACUUUUUAAAAAGAAAACGUUAGGUCCCAAGAAAAUUUUGGGACUUAAAAAAAAAAAAAAAAAAAAAGAACGCGCUACUUAGCACUAUGUUGUGGGUCUUUUGCCAUCGGGCUUAAGUUUUGCGCAUGGUAUACGUUCUUCACAGAGUGAAAGUUUUCACCGCCAGCUUCCUGAUGUUCACACGACCCAUUUCCUGUCCAGUUGUUCUGGAAUGUUCCUUUCCAUUCUCUGUGGUCUGUUACUAAGAAGUACCUAGAGAGCAGGCACAAGACAGCAUCUUUUAUAUUUUUUUGAUAGGCUCAUUGGCCCUUCGGGGAUAGGCUCCCGUGAGCAGUUAGAACCUGGGAGGACGGUGAGUACCGGGUGAUACCUGGCUCUGCUUUGCUCCCAUUAACAACCACAGAGAUCUCCUUCUCCUGAACCACUGGCUGGUUAACACCGCUGAGCAUGAACAAGGGCCUCCUGACUCAGUGUGUGCCUCAGCUCACAGUGUGGCCUCAGGUUUCUCUUCUGCAGCUCGACUGCCCCACCUGAACGCACUACAGGAGACUUGCAGUCAGGCUCGUGAGCUCAAGGCAGAACCUUUUUUGCACACUUAAUUUAACAUAAGUUCCCAACAUGCACAGCACUUUUGACACAUGAUGCACUUUUUACUUUUUGAGACUUUGCCUUCAUUUCCUCCUGGGAUAUAAAUAAAAAAAAACUUUAAAGAAGUAUUUCACAGAAUAAAUUAAAAAAUGUGUUAGGCAGGGUGUGUUAUCCGUGUGGAUGUUCAUGGUGUCUGGGCUUGGGGUGGGGUUGGGAGUAGCUGUAGCUGUUGAGUUGUGCCCGCCACACAGCUGCAGAGCCACGGCUGGUUGUUCAUUGUCUUGGGCACAUGUUAAACUAAGCUUCAUGAUAGUGAUACAAUAAUGUUACACAUGGGUCUUGUGUUACGUAUUGAAGUUUCUGUCCUGUUACAUGUAAAGAUUUAUCCACUAUUGUAAAUAUUUAGACUUGAAACUACCACACUAAUAUUGGAACAGUUUGCUUUAUGAAAUUAAAAGUAUCCUUCCAAAUGGAACUUGCUUUUUGCUCAGACAUAUACUAUGCUGAUAUUUUGCAAUAUACUAUCUUAAAUCUUAAAUCUGGUCACUUUGUUGCCUUUUUUAAAAAGUGUGGUAUUUCAAAUAGAGUUAUUUUCCUGAAAUAUAUUUGCAAAUUCAAGCUGCUUUAUAAUCCAGGAAUAUUUUUAUUGACUGAAGAAAAUGACUGCUGCAAUUCAAAAGUGAACUUAUUUUAUUAUAUAGAUGAUUUCUUAAGAGCUAUUUAUACCAUAAUAUAAAAUCCACGACUGUAGUGAGUCUGUAGUUCUUCCUGUUACUAAAUAGUAUUCAAUAAUGUAUGUUAGAGACAGAAAUGCCAACACCGAUGUUAUUUUUGAGGUAAAAAAAAACAGUUGUUCUUUUCCCAUUUAGAUGGGGAUAUAAUGUAUGUGCUUACGUAUGCUACAUGUGCAAGCUAGGUGUUUCCUUUUGUGUUUUGCUUAUUAAAUGUCAUUCUUCUUGAAUAUCACUUCUUGAAUAUUAAUAAAGAGGGAAGCUAUUGGA